UUUCACCUCUUGCUCCUGAGAAGUCCUUCCCUGACUCUAACCUUGAUCUUCCUGCUUCUGUCCCCACUGUCUCAGCUCGCAGGCAGAUCAACGCCACCUGGCUGCUCCCUCUACCUGCUGGGCCCGCAGCCUACUCCCUGCCCUUCAGCCCUCGGGCAGACUCCUAGGCAGCCGGCAGCCUGUAACCGGACGCUGUUUGCUCCCAGCAGGCUCCCUGAGCCUCACUCCGCACACUGUUCCUGGGUCUCCUCUCCCCAGCCUGGGUGGAGUGUUCCCCUGCCCACUCCAGUGACCUUCGCCUGUCUGAGCCCUGGUUAAUUUUUGCCCAGUCUUCAGGCUGUGGGGCUCCUCCCCUCGGGGAUAUAAGCCUGGCCCAAGGCUGCCCCGUUCCCUACCUGUCCUGAACCUCCCCAAGCUCCCUCCCCACCCUCACCAUGGCCAAGGGCUUCUACAUUUCCAAGACCCUGGGCAUCCUGGGCGUCGUCCUGGGCGUGGCAGCCGUGUGCACCAUCAUUGCUCUGUCGGUGGUGUACUCCCAGGAGAAGAAUAAGAAUGCUGGCAGCUCCGCUGCAGCCACCACGAGCCACACUACCAGUCCCACCACCACUGCUGCCACCACCUUGGACCAAAGUGAGCCAUGGAACCAAUACCGCCUACCCACGACACUGGUGCCCGAGUCCUACAGGGUGAAGCUGAGGCCCUACCUCACCCCCAACGAGCAGGGCCUGUACAUCUUCCAGGGCAAAAGCACUGUCCGCUUCACCUGCAAGGAGGCCACCGACGUCAUCAUCAUCCACAGCAAGCAGCUCAACUACACCCUCACUCAGGGGCACAUGGUGGUCCUGCGCGGCGUGGGCGACGCCCAGCCCCCUGAGAUCGACAGAACUGAGCUGGUGGAGCUCACCCAGUACCUGGUGGUGCACCUCAAGGGCACGCUGGCGGAGGGCAGCCUGUACGAGAUGGACAGUGAGUUUGAGGGGGAGCUGGCCGAUGACCUGGCAGGCUUCUACCGCAGCGAGUACACGGAAGGCAACGUCAAAAAGGUGCUGGCCACGACACAGAUGCAGGCUGCAGAUGCCCGGAAAUCCUUCCCGUGCUUCGACGAGCCAUCCAUGAAGGCCCAGUUUAACAUCACCCUCAUCCACCCCAAAGACCUCACGGCCCUGUCCAACAUGCUGCCCAAAAGUCCUAGUGUCUCCUUUUCGGAAGACCCCGACUGGAACAUUACCGAGUUUGAAAGCACGCCUGUAAUGUCCACGUAUCUGCUGGCCUUCAUCGUGUGCGAGUUCUCGUAUGUGGACUCGAGGUCACCCAAUGACGUCCUGAUCCGGAUCUGGGCUCGGCCUAGUGCAAUUGCGGAGGGCCAUGGCGUUUAUGCCCUGAACGUGACAGGCCCCAUCCUGAACUUCUUCGCCUCACAUUAUAAUACAUCCUACCCACUUGACAAAUCCGACCAGGUCGCCUUGCCCGACUUCAACGCCGGCGCCAUGGAGAACUGGGGGCUGGUGACCUACCGGGAGAGCGCUCUGCUGUUCGACCUGCUGUCCUCCUCCAUCAGCAACAAGGAGCGAGUGGUCACUGUGAUUGCUCAUGAGCUGGCGCACCAGUGGUUUGGGAACCUGGUGACUGUGGCCUGGUGGAAUGACCUGUGGCUGAACGAGGGCUUUGCCUCCUAUGUGGAGUACCUGGGUGCUGACUAUGCAGAACCCUCCUGGAAUCUGAAAGACCUCAUAGUGCUGAACGACUUGUACUCUGUGAUGGCCGUGGAUGCACUGGCCUCCUCCCACCCGCUGACCUGCCCUGCCGACGAGGUCAACACGCCGGCCCAGAUCAGUGAGAUGUUUGACACCAUCACCUACAAUAAGGGAGCCUCUGUCCUAAGGAUGCUCUCCAAUUUCCUGACGGAGGACCUGUUCAAGCAGGGCCUGGCGUCCUACCUCCAUGCCUUUGCCUACCAGAGCAGCACCUACCUGGACCUGUGGAAGCACCUGCAGGAGGCUGUAGACAAUCAGACAGCCAUCCAGCUGCCUGGCACUAUAAGCAACAUCAUGGACCGCUGGAUCCUGCAGAUGGGCUUCCCCAUCAUCACCGUGGACACGAAGACAGGGAAAAUCUCCCAGGAGCACUUCCUCCUUGACCCGGAUUCCAACGUCACCCGGCCCUCAGACUUCAACUACCUGUGGAUUGUUCCCAUCUCGUCUAUCAGAAAUGGCGUACAGCAGGAGGACUACUGGCUGCAGGGCGAAGCACAAACCCAGAACGAGCUGUUCAAAACUGCGGAUGACGAGUGGGUCCUGCUGAACCUCAACGUGACGGGCUAUUACCAGGUGAACUACGACGAAGACAACUGGAGGAAGAUUCAGACCCAGCUGCAGACAGACCUGACGGCCAUCCCUGUCAUCAAUCGGGCGCAGGUCAUCUACGAGGGAUUCAAUCUGGCCAAUGCCCGAAGGAUCCCUGUCACCCUGGCGCUGAACAACACCCUCUUCUUGAUCGGAGAGCAAGAGUACAUGCCCUGGCAGGCCGCCCUGAGCAGCCUGAGGUACUUCGAGCUCAUGUUCGACCGAACCGAGGUCUACGGCCCCAUGAAGAGCUACCUGAGGAAGCAGGUCACACCCCUCUUCAAUCAUUUCCAAAGUACUACCAGCAACUGGACUCAGCGCCCAGAAAGCCUGAUGGACCAGUACAACGAGAUUAACGCCAUCAGCACCGCUUGCUCCAAUGGGGUUACUGAGUGUGAGGAUCUGGUCUCGGCCCUUUUCAACCAGUGGAUGGAAGACCCCGAUAAUAACCCGAUCCACCCCAAUCUGCGGGCCACUGUCUACUGCAAAGCCAUCGCCCUGGGUGGCAAGAAGGAGUGGGACUUCGCCUGGGAGCAGUUCCUAAACGCCACGCUGGUAAACGAAGCUGACAAACUCCGCACAGGCCUGGCCUGCAGCAACGAGAUCUGGAUCCUGAACAGGUACCUGAGUUACACCCUGAACCCUGACCUCAUCCGGAAGCAGGACGCCACCUCCACCAUCACCAGCAUCGCCAGCAACGUCGUCGGGCAAACUCUGGCCUGGGAGUUUGUCCAGAGCAACUGGAGGAAGCUCUUUCUGGAUUACGGUAGUGGUUCCUUCUCCUUCUCCAACCUCAUCCGGGGAGUCACCCGACGAUUCUCCACCGAGUACGAGCUGCAGCAGCUGGAGCAGUUCCAGGAGGAUAACAUGGACAUAGGUUUUGGCUCAGGCACCCGGGCUCUGGAGCAAGCCCUGGAGAAGACCAAAUCCAACAUCAAGUGGGUGCAGGAUAACAAGGAAUUUGUGCUCAAUUGGUUCACAGAAAACAGCGAAUAGUCCCUGUCCUUACAGUCACCAGGCCCCCA